CUUUGAUGUGCAUUUUGAACAGCGCCAUCUUGUGAAUCGACGAUGUCAAGUGUGAAUGAUGGUAAGUUAGGUGGCGAAUUUUGUCUUAAAACUGAUGCAGUUAUUUAGAGGAGUUGUAAAAUUGAGCUCUUAGGAAUGCAAACCCUGAACCUGCAAUACAAAAGAUGUGUUGAAGGGCUCCUUGAAGAUCCAUCAGCUGUUCUCUCUUUCUACAAUAGCGAUGGUUCUAAGACACAUCAUAAACUCAGCACCUCGCUUCCAUGCUGGUCAGUUCAGCCAUCAACCAUCUUUAAGGCAAGGAAACCAGCGAGCUUUAAGUCUCCUCACAUGGUAUAAUCUUCCCCUGCCUGCACGGACCUGUUUUAAUUACUCGAUAGGUUUUCCACUGGUCUUAAAAUAUUUUCCACAACAUCAAGUGCCCGUUUAUGCACACAGUUGUCAGUCUUUAAAUACACCAUACCCCAUAUCUUACAGCAAUGAGAGAAUAUCCUUGAAUAUGGAGCAUUCAUCAGAAAGGAAUCCUAAGCGACGCCGUACACCUUCAAGCAGUCAUCCAUACUCUAAAUCUAAAGUUUCAAAGACGUGUGAGAUGGAAUCAAGGGAGAGCAAGAAACAUGAUUUAAGAACUUCUAGUAGUCAAGGUUUCACUCAGGCCUGUUGGCCUAAGAAUGGAGCAGAGUGUGAAUGGAGAAGGGGUCCGAGGAACUUUGAAUCCAGACAAAAUCAAGUCAGGAAUGUGCAGAUUCCUAAACGACCUAAUCACUUAAGAGCUACCAACAAUCCUACACAAGAUGGCAGGAAAUCCAUGAAGGUGACAGUAGAGAACACUGCCUCUAUAAAGUCUACAGGGUCCUGCAGUCAAUCUAGUAUGCUGUCAGCACCACCUCUAAGCCUUCCUCUUCAAUCAUCUCGGUCCUUUCAUUCAUCCAAAGAAUCGUAUCGAGCCGCCUCUCAGUCAGGGACAGAAAUCAAGAGCACUUACAGGAAGCGAUCAUGGUUCAAUCUUCCUCAACACAGAGGACACCAAACCAAGGUAUCAAGUAGAGAUGGUGUAGAGUUCUCUAUUGUGUCUUACAAUAUACUUGCACAAUGUCUACUGAAUGCAAACAAACACCUCUACAGUCACUGUGAUAGAGACAUACUGCCCUGGGAUCAUCGCAGACACAAAAUCAUGGAUGAAAUACUACAGGCUAAUGCUGAUGUAAUUUGCUUGCAGGAAGUUGAAAGCAGGCAUUUCCAAGAUUUCUUCAAGCCUGCUUUAGAGGCACGAGGUUAUGCCUCUAUUUACAAGAAGAGAACAUGUGAUAAGGGAGAUGGAUGUGCAACGUUCUAUAGAACCAGCUGCUUUCAAGAAGUGUCUCACUCCAAGCUAGAGUAUCAACGUGGUAUUGGAUUGUUGGAUAGAGAUAACGUAGCUAUAGUCGUCAUGUUGCAACCAAGAGGUUUGUCUUCCUCACAUCAGCUGUGUGUUGCUAAUACACACCUUCUAUGGAAUCCUCGCCGUGGGGAUAUCAAGCUGGCACAGUUAGGUUUGCUCUUUGCCGAGAUAGAGAGACUUUCUAACACCAAUCAAGAGUCCACUGAGAAUACCUAUCAUCCUCUAGUACUGUGUGGUGAUUUCAACAGUGUUCCGCACUCUCCUUUGUACAAGUUUAUCAAGGAAGGUCAUGUCACGUAUCAAGGUAUGGCCGGCGUGGAUGUAUCAGGACAGGAGAUGGGACGAGCAAGAGUACUCAUGAGAAGCCCUCUAUGGCCCAAGGAGAUUGGAGUUAGCUCACACUGCCGUUAUGAAGACACUGAUGUCAUGACACAAUCAUCUAGAAAUUCAGGUGGUGCUCCAAGGCAUAAUCGACAGAAUUCAAGAGAUCGUCCUGCUGAUCAUUGUGUCCUGCCUGAUGACAGCCAGGGACAACUCAUCCAUCCUUUCUUCUUUUCUUCCGUCUAUGAUCAUUGCCAUGGCAACUAUGAAAUCACCACCAAUCAUUCAAGUACAAACUGUACAGUGGACUAUAUCUUCUACAGCGAAUCAAUGUCAUCUAAAGCAGGAAGUCCAUAUAAACCUCUAGGUACACCAAACUUCACAAGUAAUCUUUCGCUUGUCAAACGGCUUACUCUCUUUACUGAUGGUGAAGUCAGAGCCAUGGGAGGACUACCUAAUGUUCAUUGGACAUCUGAUCAUCUCUCUCUCCAAGCUACUCUACGCCUUACUACAAUGGACUGACGGUGAAGUCAGAGCUAUGGGUGGACUGCCUAAAGUUCAUUGGACAUCUAAUUAUCUCUCUCUCUCCAGUCUCCAAGCUACUCUACGCCUUACUACAAUGGACUGAAUAGACUUUGUGUUUUUAUAAAUACCUUGAAUUACCAAUGAUUUGAUAAACAUUUUUGAGAUGAUGAUUUUAAGUAUAAGCUAGAUCUAUUUGUGCAGUGGUAUUAUGUUAAAUGAAAUGCCAAAUGAAACCUAAUUGAGAUGAAAGGUAUUUUAUUUGUUUAAUAGUUUUACAAGUCACUUUAAAGAAUUUUGUCCAAAACAACCUGGAGGAUAGAGUUGACAUUUUAACCUUGUAAAAGAAAACUUCACUCUGGACAGCUGUUAUUUAUAUGAUGUCCUUUUAUAUACAUUUAUCGUAGAUUCUUCAUGAAGUUAUACAGGUCUCUCAGGUCCCAACUCUUUGCCUUGAAUAUGGCCACCCUGUGCUGUCUUGAAAGUAUUUAUGCUAAGUCGCUCUAACAGAAUUAACGUAUGCCCUGAAAAGCACACAAACAUAAGAUUACCGUAGUCCCACGCCUCUAAAAAAAGUCCAUAGAAAGUUGAUGACUCAGUGCUUUGGCAAAUAUACCCUGAGCAAAGGAGAGCAAAGUCAUGAAUCUUAACUAUUUGCACAAUGGAAAUGUAUACGUGUACAUGUCUUACUAUUUCAUCAACUUAGUACUCAAGGCAUUACAAUGAUGGGUUAUAUCAACAUCUGCUUGUCGCCUGUUUCACACUUUUUAACCCUUUUUGGUUUGUCGCAAUUAAACUAUCAAAGCUAAGCAGUCAGAUACCAUUGCUCAGGCACAGCUCAGGCAAUUCUUUAUAGAUAAUGAUAAAUUAUAGUUAUGAUUUGUAAAUAUAAUUCAUGUUGAUCAUAAACAAGUGCACUUCCCCUCAUGAGUUUCAGUACUCAUCUCCAAUAAAUGUAUGUUUUUUAUUAAGAGAA